GAAAUUAAUACUACUUCUUUUCCCACCCUUCAUCUCUCUCCUCACCCACCAGGCCACACCACCCCCCGAGAUCUCCCCCUUCUCUCUCCUCGCGCCGUGUCUCUCUCUACCUCUUUUGAUCCGGCAAUGGCCACCCCCGCCCCUGCCACCGCCGGCGAGCUCCUACGCGUGGAACCCCUCGAGCUACGCUUCCCCUUCGAGUUGAAUAAGCAGAUCUCGUGCUCCAUGCAGCUGUCGAAUCACACCAACGACUACAUCGCCUUCAAGGUGAAAACUACAAGUCCAAAGAAGUAUUCAGUGCGGCCCAACACUGGGGUUGUCUUGCCACGGUCUACCUGUGAUGUUGUUGUUACGAUGCAAGCACAGCGGCUAGCUCCGCCAGACAUGCAGUGCAAAGAUAAGUUCCUAGUCCAAAGCAUCGUUGCCCCUUCUGGUAUAACUGUGAAGGAUGUCACAGGGGAUAUGUUUACGAAGGAGUCUGGGAAUAAGAUGGAGGAGGUCAAGUUGCGAGUGACUUAUGUUGCUCCUCCACAGCCACCCUCUCCAGUUCCAGAGGAAUCUGAAGAAGGUUCUCCAUCUAGGACUUCUGAAUCAGAAAAUGGAGAUGGACCUGCUGGAGGAUUCACCAGAGCACUGAGGGAGCGCAUCGAGCCUCAAGACAAAUCUACAGAGGCUGGAGCUUUGAUUUCCAAGUUGACUGAAGAAAAGAAUUCCGCGAUUCAACAGAAUCAUAGACUUAGACAGGAACUUGAUUUGGUGAGACAGGAGAUCAGCAAGAGGCGUGGAGGGGGCUUCUCCUUUAUCAUUGUCAUAAUUGUUGCUUUGAUCGGCAUCAUCCUAGGCUAUCUGAUGAAGUCAUAAUUCUUUCAGGCUGUCCUCUGGCCAUAUCAAAGACAGUCAUGCAAGUUGUGUUUGGGAACUCAAAAAAGACUAUUCAAACCAGAUGUCUUGAAGUUCUCCUGCCUAUUUUGUCGAUAUAGGAGUGCAUGCUGAGCCAGCUUAAGCUUUUCUUUUUCUUCUUUUGUUAUUUUUUGUUGGAUUGGAUGGGUUGUGCUUGUGCGCAUUGCUGACACUGUAACUUGGAAAAUGCAUCAUUUGCUUUUAUUCACAGUUUAUCUUGCUGACGAAA